AUGACAUGGGUGGUCCCAGUCAUGGGUCAUCCAAGUGAGGUAGUUUCAGCUCUGGAUCGUCUAGUGGUCAUAGCUGUGGAGGUUUUCGAGCUGGAGUUAGCUCCAGCGGAGGGUCCAACCAGAGUGGGAGUUCUGGACCCCAUUCCGGAGAUAGCAUAG